GUUCACUGUGUUUGGUUUACAAGAGGGGAGACUCGAAACUCGCGUCUGCCACUGUGUUUUGUAACUUUGUUAGAUAAAAUUCAUAUUUUCAAUUUCGAAAAAAAGAAAGAAAAAAUAUAUCAAACAUCUAUUUUACAAUUAAUAAUAAUAAUAAACACGCAGAAUAAAAGCAGCGACCCGCCAGUAAGUAAACCCAGAAUAAAUGAAGCGAAGUUUACCAAAAACCAAAGAAGGCGGUCUCCGACACUCUUCAAUCAUCGGAGAAAAUCAAACAGCAGCACUCAAAUCAAAAUACGGGGCGCUUUGCGAUCAGUCACACUUACAGUAAACAUAGAAGAGUGCAAUAAACUCAAUUCUCACACCCUAGAAUUAAAUUUCAGGCCCCUUUUAUUCACUUUAUUGUUCUGUAAUUUUCUAUCAGAAGGUGCUUGAAGCUCAUCAGAAGAACCCUAGAAUCAGAGCGGAAAAGAACUCGAAUUUCUCAAAAUGCCUCAGGUGAGGAUCAUAGCGAAGAAUUUCAUGGACAUGGUGGCUGCCUUGCCCGCCAUGAAGCUCGACAAGCUCUACGAGAACGCAUUCAUCUGCGAAGCCAUUCUCAGGUCUCUGCCACCGCUAGCCAAGAAAUAUGUCUUACAAAUGCUAUGCAUCGAAGUUCCAGUGACUGCCAAGUCAAUGGAGGAGUGGGUGCUGCCGGAUGGGGUCUCCAAACAUAGAGUUGCUAUUGAUCGGCUAAUUCAGUUGAGAAUUUUCACUGAAACUGUUGACAGGAAGAGAGAAACAACUUACACAUUAAAUCCUAUAUUUCAGACCAAUCUCAAGAAGCUUUUGCUUUAUGGUGUAGUUUUGCCAAGAGAACCGAUGCCUUCGAAUGUUACAGUGAGGCUCCCAAGCUCAGAGGAUCUUGAGGCUUUUGCCCUAGGACAAUGGGAGUGUUUCUUGCUGCAACUUAUCAACUCAUCUCAAAUAGAAAGGCCGUCAAACAUCAGUUCAUCCAUGAUGAAAAUUUUCCAGCGUGGUCUUUUGAGUCAAAGAGAUAAAGAAGCUCCAAGAUUAACUGAAAGUGGUUUCCAGUUCUUGCUGAUGGAUACAAAUGCGCAACUUUGGUACAUCAUCAGAGAAUACAUCUCUAACUCGGAGGAGCGUGGGGUAGAUUCUGCAGAUUUGAUUUCAUUCCUGCUGGAGCUUAGUUUUCAUGUUACAGGCGAGGCAUAUAACAUAAAUACAUUGACUGAGGUUCAGAAGAAUACAAUCAAGGAUCUUGCAGAUUUAGGAUUGGUCAAACUUCAGCAGGGUCGUAAAGACAGUUGGUUUAUACCUACUAGAUUAGCUACUAAUCUUUCAGUGAGCUUGACAGACUCAUCAUCGAGGAAACAGGGAUUUGUAGUUGUGGAAACAAACUUCAGGCUGUAUGCCUACUCAACAUCUAAAUUACAUUGUGAAAUUUUACGUCUUUUCUCAAGGGUAGAAUAUCAACUUCCAAACCUUAUAGUUGGAGCAAUAACAAAAGAAAGUUUGUAUAGUGCUUUUGAAAAUGGCAUCACUGCAGAUCAGAUAAUUUCUUUUCUUCAGCAGAAUGCACAUCCACGUGUUGCAGAGAGAGUACCAUCUGUACCUGAGAAUGUCACAGAUCAGAUUAGGCUGUGGGAAACAGAUCUGAAUAGGGUUGAGAUGACUCCAGCGUAUCAUUAUGAUGGAUUUCCAUCCAGGGAUCUCUUUGAGGGUGCUUCUGACUUUGCACGAGGCUAUAAUGCUCUGCUAUGGGAGGAUCCAGAGGAUUCAAAGAAGAUGUCUUUAGUGGUCAAGGCAGAAAACCACGUGCACAUGCGAGAAUAUCUUAGCCGUCAAAGGCAGUAGCCCUGAUACCAAUUUUGCAGAACUCAACUGGAAUUGCUUGCAAAGUCAUACCUUUGACAGUAUUAAUAAUUUGAGGUGGAGAAGUUGCGAUCAGAUGAUUGGCAUGUUGCAGCAAAAAUUUCAGGAUCGAUGAGUUAAGCUUGUGAAAGAAAAGGGCAGCUUAAUGGAAGAGGCUCCGCCAAUGAGUUAAGCUUAUGGUGCAUCCAAAUUGAUCUACACAUCUUUGCUGAAUUUAUCUAUACGCUAGGAGAUGUAAAAUGUACUGCUGAAACUGAUGAGAAAUUUUUAAAAUUUGAAAGAGAAAAGAGGGGUUAUUGCCCUGCUUGUAUUCGUUCACAGACGGUAGCUAAUGGCAUUCAACUUUGCUUUGCAAUUAA